ACGGAAUGUGGGCCACUGACCGGCGUAAUGCCAGCGCGAGAAAGUGCCACGACUCCACACAGACUCCUCAGAAUCGACUGACUCCUCAAGCUGGGAUAAGAUUUUUUUUUUUUUUUAGUUUGUUUUUUUUGCUGGCGUGGUGAAGGCAGUUUGAUUCGCGAUAAUCACUUCGGUUUAAACUCUUCCUGAAGUGAUUCAUCCAACGGAAAUCUUCCGCGAGAAAAGAAAGGAAACUAGCAGUCAUGGACAUCUAUGAUCCUCAGACCCUUGGAAUUGUGGUGUUUGGUGGCUUCAUGGUGUUCUCAGCCAUUGGGAUUGCUUUGGUCUCAACAUUUUCCAUGAAGGAGACCUCGUAUGAAGAAGCUAUAGCCAAGCAGAGGAAGGAGCAGGGGAAGACCCUAUCCAGCCAACGAUCAGAUAAAAAGAAAAAGGACAAGGCAGCUGAGAAGAAAAAUCGUGCUAAGAAAAAGGAAGAUAAGCCCAAUGGAAAGCUCCUGGACUCAGAGGCCAAUCCUGAGGUUUCAGAAGUGCCAGCUGAGCCCAGUCCUUCAACUCCUCCAGGCCCAGAACAAGUUGCUGCACCAGCACCUAAACUAGAAGUCCCAGCUCAGAAGUCUCCCCAUCCCACCCCUGCUCACAAGCCCGCUUCACCUGCCCUGGCUCAGAAGUCAGCUCCACCUGCUCCAGCCCAGAAAUCUGUUUCACCUACCCAAAAGUCUACUCCAGCUCCUCCUGCCCAGAAAUCUGCUUCACCUCCUCCUACCCAGAAAUCUUCACCUGCCCCAGCCCAAAAGUCUGCUACAGCUGCCCCUGCUCAAAAGUCUGCUUCAAAUGCCCAGAUUGCCCAGAAAGCCACUCCAACUGCCCCAGACCAGAAAGCAGGUCCACCUGCCCCAGACCAGAAAGCCACUCCAACUGCCUCAGCCCAGAAAGCAGGUCCACCUGCCCCAGACCAGAAAGCCACUCCACCUUCCUCUGCCCAGAAAUCUGCUCCACCGGCCCCCGCACAAAAAUCUGCCCAAACUCAAAAAUCUGCUUCAUCUGCCCCAACACAGAAAUCCUCUCAACCUGCCCCAUCCCAAAAGUCUGCUUCAAAUGACCCGACCCAGAAAGCUGCCUCACUAUCCCCAGCCCAGAAGUCCUCUCCACCUGACCGAAAACCCAGUCCACCUGCCCCGGCCCCUUUGCAAAAGGCUGCUACAAGUACUACCCCUCCUGCAUCCCAUCCUGCUCCUGAAGAUGCUCCACCCGCCCCAUCUCCUAAGGAUAAGAGGAAGAAGAAAGCCAAAGCAGAGUCUGCUUCAGCUGAGGUUCAGCCCAAAUCUGUGGCUCCAUUGGAGAUGGUGACCAAAAAGGUUCCCGUCAUGGCAGUGCCUCCAGUGGGUACUUCGAAAGCUGCUUCAGCAACUGCUGUGCCGGCCAAAGCAGAAGAGCCCAAACAAAAAGCUCCAACCAAGAAGAAAGGAGGAUCUAAGAAGAAGUCAGAGACAGCGGUGGCUGCAGACCCCACAGACAGUCCACUGUUCCUGCCCUACAAGGCCUUGCUUUCCACGAUGAGGAGUAUGGUGUUCACUGAAGGAGAGGCCGAGCAACUCAUUGAGAUUCUGUCUGAUAAGGCUGGCAUUAUUCAAGACACAUGGCACAAGGCCACACAGAAGGGUGAUCCGGUAGUUGUGCUGAAGAAACAGCUGGAAGAACGAGACAAGCAGCUGGCAGCCGAGCAGGAGGACUCAGCAGCUGUUAAAAGCAGACUGAGGGAUUUGAGUAAAGAGCUCUCUGUGGAGAAGUCAAAGGUGGCGUCUGUAGAGACCAGGCUGAGCUCUCAGCUGAGUAAGCGAGAGCAGGACAUUAUUGCCCUGCAAGCACGUAUGCAGGCCAGUUAUCAAGACCACCUUGCGGAGACUCAGCAGCUUAAUGCCAAAAUCUUGGCUCUCCAGGACCAGCUGGAGAAAGGCCCUAAUGCUCAGCUGGCCCGUCUACAGCAGGAGAACUCUAUCCUCAGAGAUGCACUUAACCAAGCCACCAGUCAGACAGAGAGCAAACAAAAUGCUGAAUUGGCCAAACUGCGUCAGGACUGCAUUCGACUGAAUAAGGAACUAGUGGAGAAGAACGAGGCCUUGCAGGCUGAUGAACAGUUCAGGAAAAAUCUGGAAUCUAAAGCUGCCACAGCUGAGAAACAACUGACCCAGUUGCAGGGGAACUGGGUGAGCAGUGAACAGGCUCUGCAGAAGCGUCUGGAGGACGUGAGUGAGGAGCUCAGACAGACCCAGAGCUCCAGAAACAGCCUUCAGACACAGCUUGAACAAGCUCAGAAAGAUGCCACUGCUCUAGCAGAGGCUCAAGAUCGUGUGGCCAGUAUGGAGGUGGAAAUGAUAGAGCAGACCAGACAGUUAGAGAGUCUGCAGAGCCAGCUGAAACUGCUGGAGGCGAGCCAGAACAAAGAACAAAACCACAAUUCAGAGGCUUUGAUGGCUGAACUGGAGCAAGCAAAGAGCAGCCUGAAGGAGAAAGAAGAGGAGCUGAUCCAACUCAAAAACAUCAUUGCCACUCAGGUGGAUAACACAACAGAGGUGCAGCAAUUGCAGCACAGCAUAAAAGAAAAGGAUGACCAAAUAGCAACUCUUCAGGGAGAGCUCCAACAGGUUAAAGAAAAAGGUUCAGAACUCACCAAACUUGAAAACACAGAAAUGCUGGAACAGCUACAAAACAGUUUGAAAGAAAAGGAGUCUCGGGUGGCUUUGUUUGAAGAAGAGAUGAGGCACUGUAAAGAACAGUAUGACACUAAACUGGCAGAUAGCACAGCCAAACUGGAGUCACUACAUAAAAGUGUAACUGAAAAAGAGAGCCUAGUGACAUCACUACAACAGGAAGUGCAGCAGCUCAAGGAUCUAAAUCAGUCACAUGGCAAGAGUUACGAAAGUUUGGAGGAUAUGCUUAAAUCUGUCCAGGCUGAGACCAAAGAAGUUCUUCAGUCUCUUUUCCCACACAUCAACAUAGAGACAGCACAGACCAACUGGCUUCAGGACUUUGCUGUGAAAGCACAAGAGGUGCUAAAUCAAAAGCAACGGAGCCAAGAAUCCCAGCAGAGCACAGAGAGGGUGGAGAUAAUGGGGAAACUACAGGCAGCCCAGGAGAGUCAGUGCACACUACAGUCUGAGUGUGAGCAGUACAGGAGUGUACUGGCUGAGACGGAGGGGAUGCUGAAAACACUUCAGAAGAGUGUAGAGGAGGAGGAGAGGGUGUGGAGGACCCAGAUAAUGGCGUCUGAGGAGAAACUGAGGAUGGCACUCAAAAAGGUGCAGGAAUUAGAAGAGACAACAGAGAGCAUGAGAGCGGACAACCUGAGGACCCAACAGCUGGAGGAGAACGUGAUGUUGCUUGAGGCCCAGUUGGAGAAACGGCUCCAGUCAGCGUCCACUGACAGCCAGAGUCAAUCUGAAGAGAUAAAACACUUGAAGCAUGUUUUAGCAGAAUCAGAAAGACAGUUGAGUGUGGCCCAGCAGGAGAUACAGACGCAGAGGGAGGAGCUUUCACAGGUCGGGCAGCAACUGAGUGACGUGACAAAGCGAGCUCAGGGAGUGGCAGAGAACGGGCAGCCUGAGGCGGAGGAGGGUCAGGUCCAGGCUCAGCUGGAACAGACAUUGGAAAAACUGCAGAGUGAACGGACUCUAAACCAGCAGCUCUCUGCAGAAGUGGAGCAGACUCAGGAGGCCCUCAAAAAACAGCUUCAGAGCCAUCUAGAGCAGAUGAAGUCAGCUGAAGACACUGCAGCCAUGGAGGAUGUUGUUCAGCUGAAGGAGUGUCUAGAGAAGGAGCGAAAGAUGACCAAAGAUUUGGGCCAGGCAGCCACCAAACUCCAACAGCUGCUGAGAAACAGUCAGGACCAACUGGCCAAAGAGAAAGAGAACGUCAGGACGCUGCAGGAUCAAUUGCAAGACAAGGAGGGUGAUGGGGAGCUGAAGCAAGGCACUUCUGUUUGAGGUGUAAAACUAAAAACUUGCCAAAAAUUGCCUUAAGAUGACCAAAAUGAAGCAUUCCGAAAUUAGUUUUCUUCCUUUUUUUUUUUUUUUUUUUGGCGUACUGUAUUCUUGGGAGAAAUUGUUUGAAGACUUUUGGGGAAAUCUAACUCAUGCAAACAUUUUAUUUCGGAGAUGUGCUGGAACUAUUUUCACUUUACAUUCCAUCUGAAACCUUCUGGCUAUGUCAGAAAAUAUUCCUCAACUGCCUUAUAUAUUCUUAGUGUUCCCGCACCUCUCCUCCUGAUGUCAGUGUUAAAAGGGAAACCGCAUGUACGUUGUGUACAUCAACUAGUGCAAUUAAUUUCUUGUAAGUGAAUGAGUAUGCAUAAUUGUAUGGUACAUGGGUACAGCAUUUGGAAUGGCCUCUCUGUAGCUGGCUUCAACACCACUGUAUUAAGUUUGAUAAUAAAUAAUAAAUGGCAACCUA